CAUAGAUAUCGAUCGUUUUGCCAGCAUUACGCCACGCGUUACCGUAGAAACCACGUAGAAAUCCACGAUAUAGCAGUAAACUUUUUUUUAGUCAAACGUUAAAUAUACAUUUCUUUCUCUGUGUUGCCGCUAUUAUGGAGCAAUUUUAGUCUACAACUACGUAAAAAAAUUAGUUCUUACUAGGUAUCGAUAAUUAUACUCGCGCGUAUAUGUUGAGCCGUAUAAUGGUUCCAUGAAAUGGCGAGGAGCGGCAACGUCGAUAUCGCAAGUGUUUUCGAAGAGUACCUGCAAAAAGAGCAACAAUUCGACCAAGAAAUAGAAGAACGCAACAGAUUACGUCGCGAAAUUCGUGAUAAGAAUGUUUCCAGGAGCUCUGCUCGAUCAACAAAUCCCCCCAUAAAUUUGGAAAAGUCUCGCAUUCGUAAUCAGAUCCUUCUCAAGGAUUUGGAGAUGUGUAGAGCACGUCUGAGAACUUAUGCAUCUUACACGCCCACCGACGAGGAGUUGCAACAAAUAUCGUCGGCGUAUCGGAGUUAUCUUUACAAAAAGCUCCAGAGCACGGAAUCUUGACGAUCUCAUUACUCUCACGUGACUCGUUUAGUCGCCAGCGUUGGCUCAAUCCGAUAACUCGAGCCGAACGAACAAACUUUCAAAUAAAAAGUUUGUUGAUCGUUAGGAUCGAUUAAUCAGAUUGAUUAUUGCGAUGCAUUUUUUACGCACUCGGUACUAUUUUUCAGUACGAUAUACGACGGAUUAAAAUUAAUUGUUCCUGUUUUAGUAAACUUGGGUCGUUAUUGUCUGUAAAACUGUCACCACAAAAUACUGUAUCACUGAUGUCAUCGAGUUGAAUUAUAACUGGAACAAAUUUUGAUUUAUCGGUCAAUACGAAAUGCGAUUGCUGACUUUUCGUUGCUUCCCGGUGAAAUACGGACUGCAAACUGACUGAAAUCUAACAAUGUUGAUUUACAUUGCAAUCUAAACCGUUCAAAGGUCUCGUCAGCUGAUUAAAAAGGCAAAUGUGUUACAUUUUAAGGUCUUUAUCGGCUGCGAGCGAACUUACUUUAUGAUGCGCCGAUGAAUCGCUCGAUCUUCUUAUUCCGGCACCGUCCGGAGGAACUUCCCGGGGAAGUUUUAGUGCGGCGGGACGCGUAAAAGCAAGAGGCGUGAACGAGUGACGGACGACGUCCACCUGGCCGUGCAUGCCAUAUUCAUUUUCUAUGUGACCGCAUUAUCAUCGCCGAUAAUUACUGAUGCGCGCAACGUGCACGGCACGAUAGGGACGGCCACGUUUCAGGAGCCGCUUGAUAAGAGAAUAGGCCAAUAAUUCGCCAGAAACCUGCGUUUAUUUUACACCUCUGUUUUUUCCCCCUUUUCUUUUUCACGAUCGGCGAGCUCAAUCCUGACCUUCGCGGACUCAUUUUACGACGUCUUCACCGUUAAAACUCACCCGCGUAGAUUAGAUUUGCGCUCGAGAAUUUAAUUGUUGAAGCCUCGCAGCUUUUGAGAAUUAGGAGAGCGCCCAAUUCGUACAAAUAUUGAAGCUGCACGCGUUAAACUCGGCUCGCGGCUGCACUUACCACUUGGACCCGCGUGAGGUAUCGGUAGGCUUCUGUUAGAAAUUUGUGAUCGGUCCGGGAUCGGUCGCAGAGGAGAUCAUUUAGGAGCACCGGUCGUAGCGCGCAGCGCGAGACGCGACGAGUACGAUUUCGACAUGUAACUUUGUAUUUUCUACGUGGCACAGAGCCGCGGCAGCUGAGUAAACGCAACAACGCCGUGACUUCUUACUCUGACCAUUAUGACACUUGCAAACAUCUGUAUCAACAGUACCUUGGGAGGAUACCGUCUCUUUCGCGGUUUGGUCAGAGACCUCGACGAUGCUACCUCACGGAUGUGGAUAUUCAUAAAUUGGCCUUUUUUCAAUCAAAAUACAUCGCUCCUAUCUUGCGCAAUAUUACACGAGGGUAUGCGCCGCGCGUUUUACAGCACAAUAAACUAUUAUUUAUCUAAAACGCGUAGUAGAGAUCACGUUUUCGAGCCACUAAAAGGCACUUUAUAGAUCGAUAUAGAAUAUCGCCUCGCUACAUUUAUCGCUUGCCCGAUUGCAUAAGCAUAAACCGGUACAAGUUUGUUGCAUUUGACUAUAGCUGCCGGGCAUUAAUGCGUUAUCGCUGCUACCGGCACUCGUUGCGACGAUAGACGUGCAUUAUUAGAACGUUCCUUGUCCUUGGUGUAUGCAGACGAGUAAGAUAUAUUUUUUUUACCUUUAUUUUUAACAAAAGAUCGCGUCAAUGAAGCAAGAUGUUACGUUGUAGGCAAAAAGAAAUAAUAUUCAAGGAUAACGUUAUUAUAUAGACUUACGAAGAGGAGCCAAUCUUUUAAAAAAUAUAUAAACGUUAUUUCUAUAAAUAAUGCAUGGAAAUUAUCACGAUAAUUGCUAUGUGUAUUAAUAUAAAGCAUUACGUUGAUUUAAAGGGGAUUGAUUUGUAAUAAAAGGUGAAUUUCGUCU